AUGGCGGAAGUAGUAACGGCUGUGAUUCGGAGUCGCGGAGGCACCGGAGGGAGCAACCGCGUCACGGACGGUGAUCUUGAGAGUUUCCUCUUCGGCGAGGAUGGUGACACGUCAGACAUCGGCAAUCGUAGCCGUCGAUCCAGCCUCAGCUUCGAGCCGCUCUCGGCGCACGAAGAAGACGACGGCGCUCCCGGCGGAGCGCGCGCCUUCAAUCUCGGCGGAGGACAGGGCGGUGGCCACGGGAGGGGACAGGGGGGGGCACAGGGCGGGGGACAGGGCGGGGGACACGGCGGGGGACAGGGCGGGGGACAAGGCGGGGGACACGGCGACAGGAGGCGGAUGAGCGUGGAGGAGAAAAACGCCUUGUGGCGGGAAACUGUCCGCGCGCGCGUGUCGUUCAAGCGCGGAGGGGGAGGGUCGCGGGGGGAGCCGGAGGUGCAGGAGCCGCUGGUUCCGCGGAGCGGGGAGCUGGUUCCGCGGAGCGGGGAACUGGUUCCGCGGAGCCGGGAGCUGGUGACUCGGCCGCGGCCGCUAACGCCGCCGUUAGGCACGGAGAGGGGGACGGAGAGGGGGACGGAGAGGGGGACGGAGCGGAGCGGCGUCUCAGGAUACGAGACGACUCAUAGGAGCAGCAUUUCCGGCACGGGAAGGGGAACGGAAAGGGGAACGGAAAGGGGAACGGAAAGGGGAACGGAGAGGGGAACGGAGAGAAGCCCAACGGCUAGCGGAACAGAGCGGGGAGGAAAAGGGGGUUCUAAUAAGGAGCGAGACGCCGCGGUGGUUGCAGCUGCGGCGAAGGUUCUGUCGGUGUCUGCUGCUGCGGCGAUCUGGGGGGGAAGUCAGAAGGAGGGGAGCACUGUGGGCACGGGGAGCAAAGUGGGGCCCGACUCAGGAAAUGUGUCGAAAAGGUCUGGCCAUGCCUCAACCACGGCACCCACCAAAGGCGCACCCCCCCCUCCCACGGACUACGACCCGUCCGGCCAUCCCUCGACCGCAACACCCACACCGGUGAAAGGCGGCGCACCCCCCCCUCCCACGGAUUACGAUCCGUCUCAGGAGGUGCCUAUGGGCAAGCACACGCACAUCCUCCUCCCAGACGGCACCUUCAAGGUCCCCACCGCGGAUGACCAUGACGCUACUACUGCCACGGGCCAGCACACCACCACGGGGAGGAGCAGUGGUGGCGGGGGAGGGAGCAACCGGCCGGUCAAGGCGGCAGACAAGCGACUAGACGACUAUAAGAAUCUGGUGUCGUUCCUUCCUCUGCUUCCUCGUGCUCUACCUGCGAGCUUACUGACUCUUCCUUCCCUCUCCCCUCCUCCCUGCGUGCGUUUCAGACAUCUACUUCAAUUCAAGGCGAAGGCGGCAGAUAAGCGCCUGGACGAUUAUAAGAAUCUGGUGUCGUUCCUCUGCUUCAACCCUCCCCUGCCCCCCACCAGACAUCUACUUCAAGACAUCUACUUCAAGGUCAAGGCGGCGGAUAAGCGCCUGGACGAUUAUAAGAAUCUGGUGUCGUUCCUUCCUCUGCUUCCUCGUGCUCUACCUCGUGACAUUUACUUCAAGGUCAAAGCAGCGGAUAAGCGGCUAGACGAUUACAAGAAUCUGGUGUCGUUCCUCUGCUUCAUCGUGCUCUACCUCGUGGUGCUCUACAUGCAAGCCGACUCCACGGACGGGUUUGAGGUCUCCACAGCACACAACAUUCUGCUUCCUUCGGGGGCAUCAGGCAAUGAGCUGAACGCGAUGAGUGGACCGGACGAAAUGUAUCAGUGGGUUAACGACAGCAUCAUACAGGUGGUGUGGGAGGGGCCGCACUGUGGCAACAGCGUGUGCGACAAUCCCUUGGAAUACGCGGCAUUCGGGCGGUUCGGGUGCGAGGCAGACUGUGGUGUGUUUGAGAACGUGACGCAUGUGGUGGUUCACAUUCACUCGUCCUUCUCCUCUCAGGCUGACAAGCAGGGCAGCUCGUGGAACCUGUGUAUGGUGCAGCAGAGUAACCUGUGCUGGUUUGAGGAGCCUCAGGUGUUCACCGAUCUCAGUUCGAGGAGCCUCAGGUUCGAGGAGCCUCAGGUAUUCACAGAGCUCCAAUCAGAGAUCGCAUUAGACCUAUUCAUUCCGGACGGCGACUGGCAGAUCAAGCUCGACGCGCCGGGCGGCGGCGUUCGGGGGAUAGUGCAGGUGGUCGGCGCACUCAGCAGCAACGCCACCCUGCAACGAACCAACGGCAGGGGCGGCCGAACCAACGCCCGAGGCUCGGCAACAGGCUGGGGAACGGCCUGGAGCGUGUCAGGCAAUGGGGGAGAGGCAGGGGUGGUAGAUACAAACUUAGCACAGCUAACAGACUUAGGAGCGAGUAAAGACGUAGUGGUAACAUGGGGUGGGUGUGCAACGAGUAGAUCAACGGUGGAGAAUGGCCGAUCGGCGGUGCUGGCUAAGAGGCUGUAUGGGUGUAGGGAGACGUGUGCGGCGAUGGCAGCGUGUGUGCUGGGCGCGUGUGAGAACGUGGGGGUUGAAGAGGCUUCGGGCGUGUUUGUGGACUGUGCUGUGGUGUGCAACAUGGCGCCCUUUACCAUCACACAGUACAGCAACUGGACUUGUGUCGAGAUGCUACGGACCACCACCACCGUCCUUAAGAACAUCAAUUGCUCAGCGGUCAGUUGCUGCAGCAGCUUUGAUUUGUCAACUCAAGCUUCACACUCCUCCUCGACUCUCCUUCACCAAUCCCCAUCCAUCCCUCCACCCAUGUCCUCUCUUCAGGUGACAUCCCACCAGCGGCGGUUGCUGCAGCUGGUUCGAGGGCAACCACCCCAAACACUAUCACUGCAGAGGCGAGCACAAGGGCAUGCACAGCAGCAGAUUCGCCUGAACCCCGCUCCCCCCCCUCCCAGUCAAUCACCGGCCCCCUUUUUCACUGGACCAUUCAUCCAUGUUCCCUCCCAUGCCCCCCUUCUUCAGAUGACAUCCCACCAGCGGCGGUUGCUGCAGCUGGCUCGAGGGCAACCACUCCAAGCACUGCCGUUGCAGAGGCAAGCACAGGAACAUGUGCAGCGCCAGAUGAGCUUGAGUCAGAAUGUUCCUUUAGCAGUGCUGCGUGCACUGGGGAAAUCACAGGGGAACGUUCAGGAGAAAACACAGGAGCGAGCUCAGGUGAAAUCGCAAGGGCGAGCUGAGGGGAAGAUGCGUUCUGUUGCAAGAAAGCGGGCAGCGGGACGAAUGCUGGGCUUUUCGAGGGGAUCGGAUGGAGAUGUGCCUAUUCCUCGCCACCACCACCCGCUGUGGCAUGUGAGGCGAGACGCUCUGGUGGAGGACACGAGAGAAGGGGCAGAGGAGGGAGAAGAAGAUGUGGUGGUGUUAGAGGCGCAGGGAGUGAUGGCUGCAGAAGAUGGGGGGAGUGGGAUGGCAGCAGAAGCAGCAGACGAGAUAGGAUUGGCAGUGGGUACGGGCGACGAGGAUGCAGAUGAAGAAGGGGAGGAAGAGGAAGCAGCAGAUGGGGGCUUCAGCCGGUGCCAGCAUCCUUCACCCCACCCUUUCUCUUCGUCCCCACUUCUCUUCCCCUCUCUUCGUUUUCUCUCUCCCGACCCUCCCACUACACCAGCAGUGCCAGCGCCAAUCCCCCUCGCACCGACAGCAGCAGCAGCAGCAGCAGCAGCAGCAGCAGCAGCAGCAGCAACAGCAACAGCAUCAGCAGCUUCUGCUGCGGAUACCACUACCCCUACCACCGCCACCGCUGCUAGCACUGCCGGUUUUGACUCGGUCUCUGGCAAUAGUUUUACCCAUCCGCAACAGCUGGAGCCACAGCCCCAACAGCAGCAGGCAGAUGCACAAUCAGUCUCACAGGCAGACGCACAGGCAGGCACGCAGGCUGUCUCAGUAACAGGCACACAGGGAAUCACAGGCGCGUGGGCGGCUCUAGGUCCCACGGAGCGGCAGCGGUGGUUUAACCUGCGAGUGGCUGUCAGCCGCGCGCUCUUCUCCUGGGUGGGGGAUGCCUGCCUUGCUAAUGUUUUCUCGGCCGUCUCUCUCGAUGCUGCCACUCGUGCUCGCGUUUCUGCCUUCUUCUGUGCGCUGCUGCACAGCCCUGGGGAUGCUCUGGGUGCUGCUACUGUCACUGGUGCUUCUGAUGGUCUUUCUGGUGCUGUUGCUGGUGUUGGUGCUGGUGGUGCUGGUGGUGGUUUUGGUGGAAGGCUGAAGAUCACUGAUACGGUCUUGACAAACGAAGCUGCAAUGGAAGGAGCCCUGCUUGACAGCAGUUUGAUCGGAGGUGGUUCAUUCGACGUGGCAUCAGUGGGAGGAAACGGCUGUGUGCUCGGCCCGUUCACUUCUGCCGAUGGAUCCAUGGCUGCUGCUGCUGCCCACUUCGCAUUUCUUGGUUUCCCUCCUGCUCCUCCUCCUCCUCCUGCUUCCAACAAUACCAACUCCAACGGGACUGCUUCUAACGGGACUGCUACUAAUAAUAAUUCAGAUUCUGCCUUCAGUGCCUCUGCUCUGCUCUCCAGGCGUCUGCGCAUGUCCCGGGAUCAGUUUGCCCGGUUCGUGGGAACCUUCCUGGAUGCUGUCGAAUCGGUGGUGGCGGUGGAUGGGGCAACGCUGUCUCGCCUCUCCUCGCACCUCUACGUUGCUGCGAUUGGGCUUGUCGAUGGGAGCAUGGAGGGCUGCAGCCUGCACGGGCGCUUGCUGGAGUGGGCAGUGGGGGCGGAUUUCAACGUGACAGUAGGGAGGGGUGACAGUGUGCAGUUCGUCUGGGCCGAUGACUACCCUCACUCCGUUAAGGUGCGUGGGCUGGGCAGCAGUGCAGGAGACAGUCUCUUCAAGGGCUAUGGCGCCAACCGCAUGGUCCUAUCGAGGCACAGCCGCUGCGCUCCGGACAACGUGGGCACCAUGCCGCUAGACGGCCCGCCACACCCAUGUGCUCUCUAUGGCCUCUCGGAUACUCCUGCAUUCACCUACACAGCUGUCUUCACCCAAACCGCUUUUCUCCUGGACCCGUUCUUUGAUGCCAGCACCACCGCCAACAGCACAGCCCCACCAAUCUCCCCACUCGCCUCCUCCUGCUACCCCGGCUGCUCAUUCGGCAACCUAGCCGACGGCCGCUGCGACCCGCUCUGCAACAACCACCACUGCGCCUUCGACGGGGGAGACUGCGAGUGCGCUACUCUCGCCGGCAGCGGCGGGGGAGUGGGGGGGGAGUGUCCGUGCCCUGCAGGGCAGACCAGGUCGGAGGCAGGCUCGUGUUGUCCCACCGAUGCUGUGGGUACGAACCUGCUGUUCCCGUUCCAGCUGCGCUCGUUCGGGCCGGACGCGCAUGCGAGCAACACACAGUUCUCAGAGCUGUAUGAGAAGCCGCUGCACCGGCACGUGACCGAGAGGAACAGGUGGGCUACUGGUGGGCCUCUACUCUACGUGCUGCGGAGCGGAGCAGACCUGCUGGGGCUCUCGCAUGGUUUCCACCUCCAUCCACUCCCUCCCACCCAUUCUCACCUCCUCUCACCCCUUCUCACCCCCUCUCAAACCCCAAAAAUCUUCCCCAUUCAGGCUGCUAGUGGGCCUUUACGUGCUGCAGACGCGAUGGGGCUCCCGGGAGUGCCCUUCCAAAAAGUUUGCAAGCAUCUGGCCGCACUGUUCGCGAGCAUCUGGCCGCACAGUCUGACAAACGCCACGAGCCUGACCUCCUUCGGCAUCAACCCGCGCUUCCUCUCCACCUCCAACCUCUACGACCCCAUCCCAUGUGGCCUCCCUUUUGCAAGCAUCUGGCCCCACAGUCUGACGAACACCACGAGCCUGACCUCCUUCGGCAUCAACCCGCGCUUCCUCUCCACCUCCGACCUCUACGACCCCAUCCCAUGUGGCCUCCCGUUCGCGAGCAUCUGUCCGCACUGCCUGACCAACGCCACGAGCCUGACCUCCUUCGGCAUCAACCCGCGCUUCCUCUCCACCUCCGACCUCUACGACCCCAUUGUGGCCUCCUCGAACGCCACCAGCCUGACCUCCUUCGGCAUCAACCCGCGCUUCCUCUCCACCUCCGACCUCUACGACCCCAUUGUGGCCGCAGCCAACCAGACUGGCCUCGAGAAUUCCACCCCAAGCUCCGCCCCUCUCUUCAAUGACGAAGGGCUGCCCUAUGGCUUCGUGCCCCCCACGAAUGGUCUGGAGUCCUAUCCGCUGAUAUUCGACAUCAAUCUGCACCGAGUGGCCGCCACCAAGCGACUGCAAUACCUCGUGGACGGAUUUUACUUCGACAACCUCACCAAGUCCAUUGAGUUCGCGCUCAUCACUUAUAACGCGGAUGUCAACAUGUUUGUGCUCUCCAAGAUCCGUAUAGACGUGGAUGUGGGGGGCAAGAUGGGUUACUCGUACCGUCUGGUGCCGAUCCCAGUGGAGCCGUAUUCGUCGGCCUCCUCUUACGCGCAGUUGGCCCUCGAGAUCAUCUACGUGGUGUGUGUCGCCUACAACCUGCUGGAGGAGGUCAACGAGAUGUUCCAGACAUACCGCCACACGGGCAGCUUUCUCUAUCAUUUCCGCCAGUUUGGCAACUGGAUCGACCUGCUCUCGCUCUCCAUCCAAGUCUGGGGCAUCAUCGUCUGGAUCAUCAUGGUGCAGCAGCUCUCGCCCCUCUCCGACAUCAGUGUGCGUUACAACGUGUACACGUCCCUCGACGACACGACCUCGCAGAUCAUCAUGGUGCAGCAGCUCUCGCCUCUCUCCGACAUCAGCGUGCGUUACAACGUGUAUACCUCCCUCGACGACACCACAGCGCAGUUCUGGGCGGUCAACACGACGAAUGGCGGCUUUGAGAGGGCGAUGCAGGUGUAUCGCACCAUGGAUGACAUCAUUCAGCUGCGCUCCUUCUACUUUGCUAUUCAAGGAAUCAAGGCGAUGCAGGUGUAUCGCACCAUGGAUGAUAUCAUUCAGCUGCGCUCCUUCUACUUUGCUAUUCAAGGAAUCAAUGUGUUCCUCAUGGUGCAGCGCCUUCUGAAGCUGAUGGACUUCCAGCCGCGCAUCGGCAUCAUCACACGCACCAUGGCAGCGGCUCUCCCCGCCAUCCUGCACUUCUUCCUCGUCUUCGGCAUCAUCUUCCUUGGAUUCUCCUUCUAUGACCUCCGCCUUCUCAAGCUGAUGGACUUCCAACCUCGCAUCGGCAUCAUCACACGCACCAUGGCAGCAGCACUCCCCGCAAUUCUCCAUUUCUUCCUCGUCUUCGGAAUCAUCUUCCUCGGAUUCUCGUUCUACGCAUACCUCGUCUUUGGUCGAACGCUCGCGCAGUUCCGCACCAUCCCCAACGCCAUGCUCUCCUGCUUCUUCAUGCUCAUUCAAGACAACUCCACCGCGUAUUACUAUGCGAUGCUGGAGGGUUGGGAGCGGUUGGCUGCGUUUGUGUUCUGGCUGUCGUUUAUCGUCAUCAUGUGUUUUAUUCUGAUGAACGUCGUGAUUGCGAUUGUGGUCGAUGCGUUUAUGGAUGUGAAAGAGGCGGCUCAGGAGGAAACAGCAUUGCCGAUUGACAUCUGGAUUCUGCUGCGGAACCUCUGGCAACGGAUAUGCACGCCGUAUUGGAGCCUGAGGAAGCUGAGGCAUCAUCUUCUGUUCCUGGGCACGUAUGAGAAGACAAGAGAGGAGGAGGAGGCUCUGGCGAAGCAGCGCAAGUCGGCGCUAUCGGAGGUGGCAACGAUGCUGCGCAAGGGGUGCUUCCAGUCUCAGGAGGAGCGCGAGAGAAUGAGGCGCAUCCACCAGACAAAGAGGGUGGUGGACGUAGGCAUAGACAAGAUGGACAUGAUGUCGCUCUAUGCCCUCAUGAACCGCAUGUAUGAGCGCAAGAUGGCGUCUAUGAGUCCCACCAAGGCAAGCAAGUCGUCUCAAGUCGACCCGGUAACCAUAGCCGAGUCAGUCAUGGGGCAAUUUGGGGAGAACGUGGAAGUGGCAUUGCUCACAGGCGCCAACUCAUUCCCGCUACCCGUUCUCCCGCCUUUCCCUUCUCGCUCCCAUCUCCAUCUCUCCCCCCAGAUGGCGUCUAUGAGUCCCACCAAGGCCAGCAAGUCGUCUCAAGUGGACCCGGUAACCAUAGCCGAAUCAGUGAUGGGGCAAUUCGGGGAGAACGUGGAGGUAGCACUCUUAGGAGAGAAGCCCAAGAAGGGCAAGAGCGGCGAAAUGUCUCACAUCAAACGGUCUCUGCAGCGGCUAGAAGAGAACGCGGAUGAGACUGCGUACGUGCUGCUGCAGGUGCAAGAGUCGUUGGAGAAAAUGAGAAGGGAGCAGGAGGAGAUGCAGCAGCAGCAGCAGCUGAUGCUGCUGCGGGGGUCUGCGAAGGAGAGGCCGCCGGAUCUGGGGUUGGCGAGGGGUGGAAGGCAGUGGAGUAGGGUUAGGAGGCGUUUUGAGGAUGAUGAUGAUGGUGAUGAUGAUGAUGAUGCUGAUGUUUCUGCUGCGGCUGCGUCGCGCGGUUGGGUAGGCGGCGGCGUGAGCAGCAGCAACCGUGGUUUUGCUGCUGGUGCUGGUACCGGUGGUUCUGGUGGUGAUGGUGAUGGCACUGGUGAUGGUGGUGCUGCUGCAGGUGGUUCUUCCAACAGCAAGGGCCUGACUCACUCCUCCAGUGCAGGCGAGGCAACCCUGUCCACUCUGUCCCGCCAGUUCCCCCGAUCCGUCUCAGGCAUGAAAGGGAGCCUCUCCUUUGAACAACUCGCUCCCACCUCCCCCACGCGCACCCCCACGCUCCACACCAACAGCCUGCCUUGCCCCAUCGUACCUGGGUUUAUGAGCCGGAGGAGGACAGACAGUUUUGAGACGUCUCAAGUCCCCAUCGUACCUGGGUUCAUGAGUAGGAGAAGGACUGACAGCGCAUUGCUUCCGGGCAGCAGGCAGAAUUCCAACACGCCGGGGCUAUCUGGUGGGUUGAAUUUUGAUGCUGGUAUGGGCGGGGGAGGAGGGGGAGGGGGAGGGGAGGGGAUUGGUGGGCUGAGCCCGAUUGCGAGUGUCGCCAGUGGGUAUACGGGGAUCAUGGGGAAUGGGGGGGGGAUGAUGAGUCCUGUAGGGUCCCAUAGUAUGGGGGUGGGGUGGACAGGACACGGGGGGGGCAGAGGCGUGGGGAUGGGGGAGUUUGGUAACCCGGGCAGUUUUGGCAACCCAGGCAGGCAGAGGCGUGCCAGAACGGCCCAUAUGAAGUCCUUUGGGGGAGAUGAGCCGAGUAUUCUUGAUGCUGUGACCAAGCUUGGUGGGGGUGUGGGGCGGAUGGGCGGCGAGGAGGUCGGGAACACGAGCGGGCGGCACCGGCCGGCUGGUUUUGGCAGUAUGCCGAGAGGGGCGGCGGAGGAUAUGGGCAUGAGAAGGAAAAUGGUGGAUUUUCCUUCUAUGGGAGCGGGGAUGGGUGCGGGAUGGGGAAUGGGUGGUGAGGAUGUGGGGAAUAUCAGCGGGCGGCGAAGAGCUUUAGAGUAUGGGUCAAUGAGACGAGGAAUGCCAGGCGGCGGCAUGGGCGGCGCGGGAAUGGCGUCUCCUUACCGAGGCGGCGGGUUCUUAGGCUCGGGAACGGCUGGGUUUGCCCAGCCUCGGUCGAUCACGGCGGAUGGUGGGUUCGGGAAUCGGAAGUUCGGGGAAGGCGUGGGGAUAAGUGGUAGGAGAAUGGUGGGAGGGGAGAAGCAAGGGAAUAGGGCUUCGGCUUUAUUGGCGGAGCUUCAGGCCGCCCGGGCGGCGGGAGGGGCGGGGAGUUGGACGAGGAUUCAUGAAGGGGAGGUGAAGAGGGUGCAAGUGAAAGGACUGUUGCAAAGAGAGGGCGGUGGCGACUUUCGCACGACGACGUUUUCGCCGGAAGGCCGGCUGUUCCAGGUGGAGUACGCAAUGGAGGCCAUCAGUCACGCGGGGUCCGCCAUAGGCAUUCUCGCGACGGACGGCGUGGUGCUGGCAGCGGAGAAGCGCAUCACGUCGAAGCUGCUGGAGAGCAGCAAGACGAACGAGAAGAUGUACCGCAUCGACGACCACGUGGCCGCUGCUGUCGCUGGGAUCACUGCUGACGCGAAUAUCCUUGUCAACUCGGCCCGGCUUGCUGCUCAGCGCUACACGUACGCGUAUCAGGAGCCCAUCCCCAUGGAGCAGCUGGUGCAGUCGCUGUGCGACACCAAGCAGGGCUACACGCAGUUUGGUGGUCUCCGUCCCUUCGGCGUCUCCUUCCUCUUCGCAGGGUGGGACAAGCAUCAUCAGUUCCAGCUGUACCACUCAGACCCCUCAGGGAACUACGGCGGGUGGCGGGCGUGUGCCAUAGGAGCCAAUCACGGCGCAGCACAGUCGCUGCUGAAGCAAGAGUACAAGGAAGAGAAGGGACCGGGAGGGGAGGCGAUUCCGGGGAUGGACCUGGAGGGGGCAGUGCAGCUGGCGCUGAAGGUGCUGAGUAAGACCAUGGACAGCACGAGCCUGAGUGCAGAGAAGAUUGAACUGGCUAAAGUGUGCCUCGAGGAUGGCCAAGUCAGGUACCGUGUGUUUGGGGCCAAGGAGAUUGAUGAGUUGCUGCUGAAGUAUGAAAUGGCUCAACCCAAGGAGGAGGAGAGAUGA